AUGCUGCUGGCCGCGCUGCUGCUGCUGCUGCCGCCCCUCCCAGACCCAUGGUCUGCCCACGGGCACCCGCUGUACAUGCGCGUGCCCCCCAGCACCCUGCAAGCUCUGUCCGCCCAGGGGACGAAGGUGUUGCAGGCUGCCCAGAGAAGCGCCCAGUGGGCGGUGAAUCGGGUGGCGAUGGAGAUUCAGCACAGACUGCACGAGUGCCGGAGCUCACCUGGGCGUCCCAGGCCUCAAGCCCCCUUCCUGCAGGAUUCACCUGAGCCAGGGCCGUGUGGCGAGAGGCGCCCGGGCGACGUCAACGUGACGCGGGCGCACGGCCGCAUUGUCGGGGGCAAGGCGGCACCGCCGGGGACCUGGCCCUGGCUGGUGAGGCUGCAGCUCGGCGGGCAGCCUCUGUGCGGCGGCGUCCUGGUGGCCGCGUCCUGGGUGCUCACGGCGGCGCACUGCUUCGCGGGCGCCCCGAACGAGCUUCUGUGGACCGUGACGCUGGCCGAGGGACCCCGGGGGGAACCGGCGGAGGAGGUGCAGGUGAACCGCAUCGUGCCCCACCCAAAGUUUGACCCUCGGACCUUCCACAACGACCUGGCCCUGGUGCAGCUGUGGACUCCGGUGAGCCCGACGGGGGCUGCGCGCCCCGUGUGCCUGCCCCGGAAGCCCCAGGAGCCCCCCGCAGGCACUCCUUGCGCCAUCGCGGGCUGGGGUGCCCUCUUCGAAGAUGGGCCAGAGGCCGAGGCAGUGAGGGAGGCCCGUGUGCCCCUGCUCAGCGCCGACACCUGCAGGAGGGCCCUGGGACCAGGGCUACGCCCCAGCAGCAUGCUCUGUGCGGGCUACCUGGCCGGGGGCAUCGAUUCGUGCCAGGGUGACUCGGGAGGCCCCCUGACCUGUUCUGAGCCCGGCCCCCGCCCCAAGGAGGUCCUGUACGGGGUCACCUCCUGGGGGGACGGAUGCGGGGAGCCAGGGAAGCCUGGGGUCUACACCCGUGUGGCUGUGUUCAAGGACUGGCUCCAGGAGCAGAUGAGCGCCUCUCCCUUCAGCCGCGAGCCCAGCUGCAGGGAGCUUCUGGCUUGGGACCCAUCGGAGGAACCGCAGACAGAGGCCGCCCCACCCUGCGCCUUCUACGCCCACCUAUGCCUGGGGCCCGCGGGCGCCUGUGCGCGUCUGGCGCACCAGCAGUGUCUGCAGCGCCGGCGGCGAUGUGAGCUGCGCUCGCUGGCGCACACCCUCCUGGAGCUGCUGCGAGGGGCCCAGGAGCUGUUCGGCCCGCGCCCGGGGGUGCGUCGCCUGGCACCAGCCCCGGCUCGCCCCGCUCCGUCGCUCCGGGAUCCUCCCAGGCACCCCUCCCGGGAGCAGCGGCUGCACUCAGGAUCGCCUCCCCGGGCUGCGGGCCCUCGGUUCCCUAAGCGGAGGUCGGAGCGGCGCGGGGAAGUGAAUGGCUGCCCUGGGCUGGAGCCCCUGCGGCAGAAGCUGGCCACCCUCCAGGGCACCCACGCCUGGAUCUUGCAGGUGCCCCCGGAGCGCCUAGCCAUGGACUUUAACGAGGUCCUGGCAGAUCUGGGCUCCAAGACACUAACCGGGCUCUUCCAAGCCUGGGUUUGGGCAGGCUUGGGGGGCCGGCAUGUGGUCUUUGGUGGCCUGGUGGGUCUGGAGCCAGCUACGCUGGCCCGAAGCCUUCCCCGGCUGCUGCUGCAGGCCCUGCAGGCCUUCCGCCUGGCAGCCCUGGCGGAGGCAGAGCCCGAGGGAGCCCUCAAGGGUUCAAGGCAGGGCUGAGGGCUGGGGAGGAAGGGGCGCCACCCAC